AUGACCAAAGGACACAAGCAAUCCCCUGAAAACCCAGUAAGAGACAAUCCCCUGCAGAGAGAAGGGUCCAAAUGGUCUUAUAUUGGUCCUGAUGGAGAGAAGGCCUGGCCAAAGAAAUACCCAUUUUGUGGAGGAGUGUUCCAAUCACCAAUUAAUUUCCACAAAGAUAUUCUCCAGUAUGAUUCUAAUCUCCUGCCUUUAGAAUUCAUAGGCUAUAAUGUGCCCUCCACUGACCAGUUUACAUUGAUCAAUAAUGGCCAUUCAGUGAAAAUGUUUCUGUCACCUGCUAUGUCCAUCAGAAACCUCCCAUUUGAGUACACUGCAUCUCAACUUCACCUGCACUGGGGAAACCAAAACCACUCCAAAGGCUCUGAGCACACCAUCAGUGGGAAGCAUUUUGCAGCAGAGCUCCAUAUUGUACAUUACAACUCUGAGAAAUACCCAGAUAUAGCAGCAGCAAUGGACAAAGCAGAUGGACUGGCUGUUUUGGCUGUUCUCCUUGAGAUUGGACCCUUCAACCCAUCCUAUGAGAAGAUCUUCAGGCACUUCCAGAAUGUGAAAUACAAGGAUCAGAAGGUUCUGGUCCCUGGUUUCAAUAUUCAAGAUCUGCUUCCUGACAGACUGGAUGAGUACUAUCGCUACGAGGGCUCCCUGACAACUCCUCCCUGCUACCCCAGCGUUCUCUGGACAGUUUUCCGAUACCCCGCUAAAAUUUCUCAACAGCAGUUACUGGCACUGGAAACAGCUAUGUACUGCACAGAGAGCGAUGACCCAGAACCCCUGGAAAUGGUGGAUAACUUCAGAAACGUCCAGGAAUUCCGUGAAAGACUGGUUUUUAUCUCCUUCCAUGAAGGUUUUGUGGUUUCUGUUGUGAUAGGCUGCAUUCUGGGAGUUCUCAUCAUUCUUGCAAUAGCCUUCUGGCUACUGAAGAAGAAAAGCUGCAAAAAGGGAAGUGAAGACAACAGAAGAGUCAUCUACAAACAAGGCAUGUACAAGGAGGAAGAAGAAAUCUCCAAAAUUUGAUGUCCUGCUCUAUCACAAAAGUGCUUUUCAUUCAUAACACUGAUUUAUUUUGGAUUGGUGAAACACAUCUCUUGUUCUUGGUUAAUGAUAACCCUCAAGAGAGUUCUAAAAACACAUACUAGCCAAAAGUUUUGUGUAGCCUUUGUUCUCUUGUUUUCCAGAGAGAUAUGAUCAGUGAAUCCCCCUGAGCUGAAUUCCUCACCACAUUCUUUUCAUGUCUGCUGCUACCGAUCUGGGUGUUUUAUCUGAUUUUACAGUUAAUCCUGAACUCCAGUUUUAUGGUUUGUUUAGCACAGGUUUUCCCACAGGUAUUCAAAUCUGAAGACACUCAUCAAGCUACGAGCACUCUUCCCUCCUAAAACAAUUUUGGCUUUCUAUUCCAGCAAAUUGCUGGACUUGGUCUGUGCCAGCACUGGGAAAUUUCUAGAUCUGGGCACUGGUGGUGACAGUAAACACCAGAUUUCAGGCUUUAGGUGCUAGUAAGACUGGAUCUGGAAUCCUCCCUCCCUCCCUCUGCAGCUCAGGGCCUUUACCUCAGCCUUUCCAAUUUAACUGCAACCUCCCAGAAGACACCUCAAAAUUCCUACAACCAUCAGGCACCUUUCAAAAGUGCCUCCUGCUUUCCCUCCCUCUAGUGCCCCACUCCAAGAUCCCAAACCACUCCAUCCCCCCUUCCAUCCUGACCUUCAUCCCAUCCCCACAGUACCAUUGAACACUGUCAUGGGUUUCCUCCUUGCCCUCUUUCUAGGACUGUUCAAACAGGAGGAUGGCUUAAACCCUUCCCCACUUCUCAAUCCCUAAUCUUUCUGCUCCAUUAUAUAAACUUUAGACUAUAAUAACUGAGUACUGCACAUUCACUUAGAGGCUUUUUUGCUUCACAAAACUUUCAUUUGAUGUGAGACUUUCAUAAUAAAACAUUCUCCUGUCAUCAUUUUGAGGGCUUUAGUUACCAUUAAAGCCAUGUUUGCACAAUUCUGCAGACCAUGAGGCCAGCCUCCAGGACACUGGGUAUAACAUCUUAGGAGAGUAAGCAAGAGGCUGCAGUGUUCCCCUGUCUUCCCAUACUAAAAUCCUUUUAAUGUGGUCCUGUUUAACAUUCACAU